GCCUGUGCUGCCUUUCCUCUGCCUGUAGCAACGCGACCGGCAUCCCUCCCUAUGCCCUGAGUAGCUGCUUCAUAUUCAUACGCACGAACCUCACUAGAACGACAAGCGCAGCAAGAACAGAGAAGCCAUCCUAGGGCCUCUACGACAACACGUACAUUCACUUCAUCAACACCAUCUUUUCUCCGACCUUCGCUAACCACUGCUAUGACUUCCGACAGUGCUAUUGCUGCAGGCGUCUCCGUCUCUCUCGUGGUCAUCCUUGGGAUCGUUGGCUUUCUCUUCUGGUAUCUCCGCAGACGCCACGUUCAUGUCGCAGCGAGCCAACCGGCCAAACCAACUAAGCGGAGCACACUGCUCGACCCCAGUCAUCCCGCAUGCCAUGUAACUCCAUUCGGGUCACCAGGAGGAGAGACGGUCCGUUUCAUGCACGAGCCUGGCGCGAACAUGCGUAUCGCGCACCAGCGCGAAGACGGCGGUUGGGAGUUCACAGACAUGUCUCCGAACGACCUCUCCACAUUCGACCUGACAGGCUACGUGCAGCCGCGGAACUCUCUGUCUGGCCGCUCGACUCUGAGCUUUGCGUCGACGAUGCACAUGGGCUCGGACAAGAAAGGGAAGCUCCUCCCGGGCGAGCUCACGACGCGCGGGUACAUGGAGCGCGACCGCGACAUGGACGUCGACAUCGAGGGCAACCCCCCACCUGCAUAUUCACAUGCACACCGCGAUUCCAUCGUUGUGCCGUGAUUCCGUGACCAUCUCCCGUUCACCGACUAACUGUUCAUCAUCUGGCGGUGAAAGAUUUGUUGAUCGCUGCGCGCUCAGUUACUUGCUACCUUUGUUCUAUGCUUUCCAUUGCUCUUCCCUUGCUGCUUCCUUUGGAAUGUUUUGCGGGUUGUAUCACCUAUGCGAUCAUGUAUUGCUUUCUGCUGUGGCUCUUUUGCCCGGCCUUGUGCGCGUCCGCCCUAGAAGACUCUCCCUGCGCGCUUCCACCCUGGAUCAGUCAACGAUGGGCAGUCUU